GUCAAUUGUAAUCACAGUUUGUCGAGGUGCGUGCACGCAGUCGGAACUAUGGCCCCGUAUUUGAAAUUGCCUUACGAGAUCACGAAUGUGACUCCCGAAGAAGAUAAAUUGAUUAAGAAAUGUUUACUAGGUUACACGAAGCCGUUUGUGAAGUGUGGGCCGAACGGGUAUGUCAUGCCCGGCGCCUUCAGGAAGCAUGCCGAAGAUAUCUACAACAUGCAGGUGCGACCUGAUGAUGUGUGGGUCAUCACCUUCCCUAGAUCUGGAACAACAUGGAUUCAAGAAAUGGUAUGGCUGGUGGAGAACAAUUUGAACUUCGAAGCAGCGAAGAAAUCGCCACUAUACAAAAGAUUCCCCAUGCUUGAAACCACAUCGCAGAUCCCAGAAGUAGCGUUUGAACUGAUCAAAAUCAACUUCAUGAACUUAGCAAGUUUUCAAGGACUGAGCGAGGCAGCGAGAGAACCGAGUUGGAAGGCAAUUGAAAGGGCACCUUCUCCCCGUUAUAUUAAGACUCAUCUUCCUCUGUCGAUGUUGCCACCGAGUUUACUGUCUACUGCUAAAGUAGUGUACGUGGCGAGAGAUCCCAGAGAUGUGGCUGUGUCAUAUUAUUAUUUGCAUAAGAUGAUUGGGAAGAGUUUGAUAAGGGCCACGAUGACCCAUUUCUGGGAAGCCUUCCGAAGGGAUUUGCUUCCUUACACUCCGAUUGUGGCACAUACAAAUGAAGCAUAUCUGAAAAGGCAUCACCCUAACCUACACUUCGUAUAUUAUGAAGAUAUGCUAAAGGAUCUGCCAAAACAAAUCGGUCUCAUAGGCGAUUUCCUAAACAGGCCACUUAACGACGUUCAGAUCAAGAAGUUGGCCGACCAUCUCAGCUUCGAUAGUUUAAAGAAGAAUAAGAACGUCAAUAAUACCACUGGCAAAGAUGACAGCAUACAGUUUGUUAGAAAAGGCGAGGCGGGCGGCUGGCGAUCUCAUUUUGACGAGAAAAUGCAACUGCAGGCCGAAGAAUACCUCAUUUUACGGCUGUCUGGUCUAGACUUGUCCUACCCCUCAUUCCCUAUACAUGAAAUUACUAGAUUAUAAUAACUUUAGGUAUUUAAGUGUAGAUUUUAAGACUUGACUUGAUAUAAAGCGCUUGUGUUGAUGAUUUUGUGUGUGUGUGCGUGUGUGUGUGUGUAUGACUGUGUGGUCCUUUGUUCUGCAUAUUGGGAAUGAAGUCCCCUAGCAUGACAAUUUUGUAAGUUAUGUUUCUGUACAUAUAUUUUUAAAGUUAGAGUAAUCGUCCAAGAUAAAUAAUAAGUACAAAAUUUAGUCUCUUCAAUAAGAGGAUAAUAUUCCUAUCUGUUAUUUUUUAUUAAAAUUGAUACUAUACAAUUUUGGUCAGUUACAAAUAAAUUUAAAAAAACUGUGACUUAAGAUUUUUUAAAACAAGUGUACCUACAUUUUUGUAACUGACCCAAAUUUUAUGCAUUUGAGUGUAUUUAUAUUUUGUAGCGAUUUCCUAUGUGCUCAAGUACCUAUCUACUGUUUAGACUAAAUUAAGUUAUUACUAACGGCCAGUUUCUUCAUCAAAAGUAAAAGUCAAAGUAAUGUCUAAAGUAAAAGUAACGGUCAAAUUCGUUUUUUCAAGGCUAAAGUGACAGCAAAACUAAUAGAAAAAAAUGAAUUUGACCGUUACUUUUACUUUAGACAUUACUUUGACUUUUACUUUGGCUUUUACUUUUGAUGAAGAAACUGGCUGUUAAACUUAAAAUCACUUCAAGUCUCCCAGUGAAAUAAUAUGUGAUUUCUUAGAUUUUUCAUACCUUUCGUAUGAAGAUAUAGGAUUAAGUGUUUUGUGGUAUAUUUUAUAAUUAUUAAACCGUCCUUACCUCAAUUUUUCAAAGAGUUGAGUUUUGUUAUUUUUCAUAAUAAAAUAUUUUAUUGAAGUUAUUAGGUACGCAUUUAAAUGUUGAUAUGAAAGUAACAUAUAUUAUUAUACUAGCUUCCGCCAGCGGCUUCGCCCGCGUGGUGUGUUGAUAAAAAGUAGCCUAUAUGUUAAUCCAGAGUAUCACCUAUCUACAUACCAAAUUUCAAUCAAAUCGGUCCAGCCGUUUUUGCGUGAUUGAAUAACAAACAUACAUCCAUACAUUCUCACAAACUUUCACAUUUAUAAUAUAAGUAGGAUGUGCGUAUUGGUGAAUAAUGAUUGAUGUGUACGUGUGAUUAAAAAGUGAAAAAACGCUACGAUGAAUUGUAAAUACUUGAAUACUUUUUAAAAUAUAAAUAUAUUCGUAAUUA